UGCAGCAGUGCGCCCAGCAGCGGACUUCGGGAGACCAGUGGACCGCGGCAAGAACCCUUGCUUUCGACCACCCACCCACCACUUGGUACCAUGGCGGCAGUGGCGGCAGCCUCGGCUGAACUGCUCAUCAUUGGCUGGUACAUCUUUCGCGUGCUGCUACAGGUGUUCCUGGAAUGCUGCAUUUACUGGGUAGGAUUCGCUUUUCGAAACCCUCCAGGGACACAGCCCAUUGCGAGAAGUGUUCAGAUACUCCCUGCAGAAGCUGGCGUACACGGUGUCCCGGACCGGGCGGCAGGUGCUGGGGGAGCGCAGGCAGCGAGCCCCCAACUGAGGGCCCAGCUCCCAGCCCUGGGCGGCCGUAUCAUCAGGUGCUCCUGUGCAUCUCAGCGAGCAUGGGAGCGAGUGCCGCGCAGGAAUGGGGGGUCCCCUGUGUUCCCUCGCCAGAGGAGCACUUGGCAAGGUCAGUGAGGGGCCGAUAGGCCCUCGGAGAAGCAGCAUCAACAGUUAACAUCGAUACUAGAUCCUUUUCCAACCCCUUUGCACCGGUCCCCUUCUGGGCGGGUCAGGGAGGGAAGGGGGCUGGGGAGCAGAUCCUGGAGAUCUGGGCAUAGGCAUCGCAUUCUGAUUUGGACCAAGUCGGGACAGCACCAUCCUAGUCCUGAAGUUGUGGCCACGCCAGCUGGCCCCACCACGGAGAUCUAAACACACCAACCAGCAGAAUUGAACAUUCCAACGUCACCAGCCGAAGCCUGGAAUCUCAAUGCAGCAGAGAAGGCACCAACUGUUUGCCAUGGGGAGGGACUGGAGGGCAUGGGCAAGGGAAGAGGAGGGUUAAACAGAGUGGGGUCCUCUCACUGUCCCUUGCCUAUGUCAUGUAUGCAUUCCAGCCUUGCUGCCUCUGCUCCCUUGAUUCCCCUUUCCCUGCCUCCACAAGGCCAUUCCAACCCCUAAAACUGCAUCACUUGAUUUGGACCUAUUCAACCACUAAAUGAAUCCCAUCUUUACUAAAACAACUUCUCCGAGUCCCUGACCCCUCACUGAUCUUGCUUUCCCUGGUCUCACGCAGUUGUGGUCAAUAUUGUGGUAAUCGCUAAUUGUACUGAUAAACUGUUUAAGUGUGCAUUAGUUGUGUCUCCCCAGCUAGACUGUAAGCUCCUGGAGGACAGGGACCGCCUCUACAAAAAAUAAAAAAUAGUACCUCUACUGCCUUGCAGUGUCCUAGGAACCUGCAAGGUGGUGGAGGCACAACAAAAA